AUGGAUUAUGUGACGGCUCGCCGCCCACGUGCAGUGGUGUUAGAGAAUGUGGCGGCGCUGGCCAAGCACCAGAAGUACCGUGCUACUUUCAAGUUCAUCAUGACGACCUUUAAGAAGCUGAAGUAUCAGGUGAAGGCCUUUGUCUUGGACAGCCGGGAGUUCGGAUUGCCUCAGCGCCGCCGCCGCUGCUACAUUAUUGCCGCACUCCCGCCCAAGUCAUUGUCCAACACCAGUGGCAUCAGUGUCAAGCGCCCCAAGGCUGUCAAUGUCAACCUCGAGAGUGUCUUGGCCAAGAAGCCCAAGGAGACUCUGCCGGACGCCCCAGGUGCCCGCCGCAACAUCAAGGCUGCCUUGAGGAAGCUGCGGAAGGAUGGCAUUGACCUGGCGAAGCAGGAGUGCUGUGUCGACAUUGCUGCUGGUGUUAAGUUCCAGCAGGUGUCUACCAACUGCUCGCCCACACUCACACGGGCAAGAGGCAAGACGAAGGGCUUCUGGUUCACCAAGGCGCUGCCCGUCGUGUUGCGCCUUUCAGCGCACCGCACGAUCUGCGUCGAGGACAUGGCAGCACUUCAGGGCUUUCGCCUCUCCGAAUUGGCGGGUGCCACAG